AUGCCUUUCUCCAAUGGCAGCCGAUUGGAUCAAGGACUUAAGCUUCCACUGAUUCAGUCACCAGACAGCUUUGGACAGAAGUUAUCUUCCCCACAUUCUGCAGAUUCUCCAGAAAUGAGUAAGAAAGCAGUUGGAUUCAAAAGGAAGAGAAACAAUAACAGGAUUGAAGAGAAGCAGAAAGAAGUAGUCCAUGUCAGGGCAAAAAGAGGUCAAGCUACUGAUAGUCACAGUUUAGCAGAACGGGUGAGAAGAGAGAAGAUCAAUGAAAAGCUAAGAUGCUUGCAGGACUUGGUUCCAGGAUGUUACAAGGCAAUGGGAAUGGCAGUUAUGUUAGAUGUGAUCAUAAACUACGUUCUGUCACUACAGCAACAGAUUGAGUUUCUCUCCAUGAAGCUCUCAGCAGCAAGCAUGUGUUUUGAUUUCAACACCUACGAGAUGAAUACCAUCCAAACCAUGCAGAGAAGUCCUAGCACAGAUAGAAUCCAAGGGAUGGAAAGGAUGGAAGGAGAAGGUUAUCAAGGCUUUGCUUAUUGGAACCCUACAUGGCCACUUCAGUAG